AUCUGGUCAGCGCCCCCUUUUUGUUGUGCCGUCGACUCCCAACUUCACUUAGCUGAGUCAUCUCUAGCGUGAGGUGUAAAGGCAGGAGAGCCCGCCAACCGUAUAUACAGUGAGAUAGUCCUAGCCAGCUGCUUGUCUAGCCUGCGAGCGAGCGCGGGCCGCGCGGCGCCGUUGGGUGUGACCGCUAGAAGUCGACAUGGCGAAAACCUACGACUUUCUCUUCAAGCUACUGCUAAUAGGCGACAGUGGAGUGGGGAAGACGUGUAUCCUGGUGAGAUUCUCCGAGGACGCCUUCAAUUCCACGUUCAUAUCCACCAUAGGCAUUGAUUUCAAGAUCAGAACGGUAGAAAUCGAUGGCAAAAAGAUAAAGCUACAAAUCUGGGAUACCGCUGGCCAGGAGCGGUUCAGGACCAUCACCACCGCCUACUACCGUGGCGCCAUGGGGAUCAUGUUGGUGUAUGAUGUCACCAGCGAGAAGUCUUUCGAUAACAUCAGAAACUGGAUCAGAAACAUUGAGGAGAAUGCCUCGUCUGAUGUGGACAAGAUGAUCCUGGGGAACAAGUGCGAUCUCUCAGAGUCUCGCGUCAUCAGCACGGAGAGGGGGAAGCUGCUCGCAGAUGAACAUGGGGUUAAGUUCAUGGAAACCAGUGCAAAGUCAGGAUUUCACGUUGAAACAGCAUUCCUGAUGCUGGCCAGCGACAUCAAGAACAAGAUGGACAGAAAGAAUGUAAUUACCCACCCACCCUAACGAAACGAGGGGACCGUGCAUAUUUUCAUACUCAGUAUCACACGAACUGGACGCCUUGGUCCCAUCACCC